UAUCCGACCCUUGAGCCAUCUCUACCAUGGCCCUAACCGCAGCAAUGACGUCCCUAUUGGUGUCACUUGUGUGGUUCUGUGCAGCCACAGUAAGAGCCCAACGCGACCGGUUCGUCUUCAAUGGCUUCCAGUUUGCCAAUUUGAGCUUAAAUGGUGUGGCCAUCAAAAGGCACAACGGUGCUGUUCAGCUCACAAAGGAGACCUUCAGUUCGAUCGGCCACGCAUUUUACCCCCGCCCCCUAAGCUUCGAUAGUCAUACCUCUUUCAGUACUACUUUUGUUUUUGCCAUUGUGCCCCCGGUGCCGGGUGGAGGAGGCAAUGGCCUGGCCUUCACCAUUGCUCCGUCUCCCCUCCUACUCGGCGGUCAAGCUGGGCAAUGGCUUGGUCUUCUCAAUAGCACCACUGAUGGGAGCUCCUCUAACCAUGUUUUUGCUGUAGAAUUUGACACAGUAGAGGGCAUGAAGGGUGACAUAGAUAGCAACCAUGUCGGAAUCGACAUCAAUAGCCUGGUCUCCAUUGCUUCCAAGACCGCUUCCUAUUACUCCGAAAACAACCGGAAGCAAGAUCUCCUGUUAGACAGUGGGGUGCGAAUCCAAGCUUGGGUAGAAUACAGCGCUCACGAAAAGAACAUCGAAGUUACGAUAGCGCCUUUCGGAGUGGCCAGGCCUCAUCGGUAUUUGAUCUCCCACACCCUCGACCUGUCAUCGAUCCUCUUACCUUCUAUGUAUGUUGGCUUCUCCUCUGCAACCCUGAAGGCUGAAGCCGAACAUUAUGUUCUUGGAUGGAGCUUUAGCCUGAACAUGGAAGCCCAACCUUUAGAUCUCUCUCGUCUCCCUUCUGUCCCUAGGCCUCCCGCUCGACCGAAACGAGCACUAGCCAUCAAGAUAGGGGCAUCCAUAUCUGGAACUUUCCUCCUCCUUGCAAUUGCCGCAACGGCGGCGGCAUACUUGAUUAGGCGGGCAAAGCUCUCUGAAACUCCAGAGGAGUGGGAACGAGACCUCCCGCACAGGUUCGCAUACAAGGAUCUUUACCUGGCCACCAAAGGCUUCAAGGACCAUGAGCUUCUUGGCUCAGGGGGCUUCGGAAAGGUCUACAAAGGCGUGCUUCCAGGCUCCAGGGUUGAGGUUGCGGUCAAGCGAGUCUCAGAUAGCUCGAAGCAAGGGGUUAGAGAAUUCAUUGCAUAGGUGGCGUGCCUCGGGCACUUGCGCCACCGGAACCUGGUCCAGCUCCAUGGGUGGUGCAAGCGCAAGGAUGACCUACUUCUCGUCUAUGAUUAUAUGCCCAAUGGAAGCCUCGAUCGAUUGAUAUUUCAUGAUGAUGAUGACGAACACGAAAAGCAGCAGGAGAGAGCAAUUCUGGGCUGGAAAGAGAGGUACAGGAUAUUGCAGGACAUUGCGGCUGCCCUAUUAUACCUCCACGAGGAAUGGGAGCAAGUGGUGGUGCAUAGAGAUGUGAAGGCCAGCAAUGUCUUGCUCGACUCUGAGAUGAAUGGCCGGUUAGGGGACUUCGGUCUGGCGAGGCUAUACGAGCAGGGAUCGAACCCCCAAACCACUCGCGUAGUGGGCACACUGGGUUACAUGGCGCCAGAGCUCACACGCACCUACAAGCCCACAACCGAAGCUGACGUUUAUGGGUAUGGUGCAUUGAUGCUAGAGGUGGCAUGCGGCCGUAAACCCAUGGAGCCCAAGGCUGCAGUUGAAGAAAUGAUAUUGGUAGACCUGGUGCGAGAUCUUUACAUUGCAGGAAAAAUUGUGCAGGCCUCUGAUCCAAAGCUUAAUGGCUUGUAUGUGAAGGAAGAGAUGGAGCUGGUGUUGAAGUUAGGCUUGUUAUGCUCACACCCUGCGCCGGAGGCUAGGCCUACCAUUAGG